AGAUAAAUAAUCCCAAAAACCGUUUCAAAACGGAGUUCCAUCAAGAAAUCGCGUCAUCGCUUGUCCGGAUAUGACAUGCGUGUCGUUUCACACACCUCCGCUUCUACGGCGAUAUUCUUCAAUUCUUCAAAAUCUUUUUUUCUUCUUCCUAUUGCAUAUUCCAAUCAGUUCGACAGUAAAACAACUUACUGUACCCGGACAAAUAGUUCUAGGAGGAUUAUUUCCAAUUCAUGAAGCCGGAAGAAAUGCAUCACAUCAAUGUGGAAAGAUUAAAGCAGAUCAAGGAGUUCAGAGAAUGGUGGCAAUGUUAUUUGCAUUGGAAAAGGUUAAUCGAGAUAGACAACUACUUCCACAAGCAAGUUUAGGAGCACAGAUUUUGGAUACAUGCUCAGUUGACAGUUAUGCAUUGGAACAAACUCUUGAAUUCAUAAAAUCAGUCAUGUCAAAUGGAGAUGGAGUAACAUGUGCAGAUGGUUCAACUGGUUCAUAUACUAGACAGCCAGUUGUUGCAGUUGUUGGAGCUGCUGGAAGUCAAGUCAGUGUUAUGGUUGCUUCGAUGUUACAAUUGUUCAAGAUUCCUCAAGUCAGCUACAGUUCAACAGGAGCCGAAUUAAGUGAGAAGCCCCGAUUCGCUUUUUUCUCAAGAGUUGUUCCACCAGACAACCUGCAAGCUCAAGUCAUGGCUAGAGUUAUUGGAGCACUGGAAUGGACAUAUGUACAUGCAAUUGCUGAUACGGGAUCCUAUGGUGAAAGAGGAAUGGAUUCAUUUCGAGCAGCUGCAGCUGAAAAUGGAAUUUGUAUUGAUGGAGAUGUACAGAAGAUUUCGAGAAGAUGGACUGAGAAAAAUUUCAGAGAUCUCCUAAUCCGAAUGCAUCGAACACGGAAGGCUCGUGGAGUGGUGAUGUUUGUCGAUGAAGAUAAUUUAAAACGACUUCUCAAGACGUUGGAUCUUCUUGUAGCUGAAGGACAUACCGAAUUGGAUAGACAUUUUUGGUUUGUUGCAUCCGACUCAUGGGGUAUCAAACAAUCAGUUGUCCGUGGAUUGGAGCAUCGAACAUACGGAGCAAUCACAAUUGCUCCAAUGGUACGAGAAGAAACUGGAUAUUUGGAAUAUUUUCGAUCACUUUCCCCAAAAGGAUUUGUUUUCUUGGAAGAGUUUUUCGAGUAUCUCGGAUGUUCGGCCACUGUAGAUGUCAAGACUUUUGGAGAUUGUUUUGAUAUGGUUAAUAUUACUUUGAAACAGGAAUCCUAUGUUCCAUUUGUGGUUGACACUGUAAAAAUAAUUGCAAAAGCAAUUUCAAUGUACAUUGAAGAUGAUUGUGGGAAGAUUCCAUUUCAUAAGUGUACAUUGGCUCAAUCAGGGUUCAGAGGAGAACGUCUUCAAAGAUAUUAUAGGAAUAUGUCUCUCAUCAAAAACGAGCCAGCCUUAAUCGAUGCGAAUGGUGACGGAAUCGGACGAUAUGAUGUCUUCCAAUUGGAUAUAAAUGGAGUAUAUCAAAAAGUUGGAAAAUGGAGAUCUACAGAUGAUUUCUUGUCUGUUGAAGUCGAGAAAAUCCGUCACGCAUUCAAAACAGCUCACGGAGAACGGCCGAUGAGCGUGUGCUCCACGGAUUGUCCACGUGGACAUUACAGAGCAUAUCAGGAUCAGACGUGUUGUUGGGCAUGUAUUCCAUGUGAUACUUCUACAAGUAUUCAUAAUGAAACAAGCUGUGAAGAGUGUGCUGUUGGAAUGGUUCCAGAUCGAACUCUUCAUUUUUGCGUGCCAAUUCCUCCGGUUUCAAUGCAAUGGGACACAACAUGGUCUCUAAUCCCAGCUGCAUUCUCAACACUUGGAAUCGCAUCGACCAUAUUUGUUGUCUCGGUUUUCUUAAAAUUUUCCAAUACUCCUGUGAUAAUGGCAUCUGGAAGAGAGCUAUGUUAUUGUAUGAUGUCUGGAAUUGGAAUGUGCUACACUUUGACAUUUUUCUUGGUUUCUCAGCCGACUGUUAUCACAUGCUCAAUGACUCGGAUUCUAAUGGGUCUAUCAAUGUCAGCCAUUUAUGCAGCAAUCAUCACAAAAACUAAUCGACUUGCACGAGUAUUCAAACCAGAUUCUGCACAAAGACCGAGGUUUAUCACUCCAAAAGCUCAGGUUGGAAUUUGCAUGGGAAUAGUAUCUGUUCAACUGAUCGGAACAUUUGUCUGGAUACUAUUCGAUCCACCUGGCACAAUGAUUGUAUUUCCAACAAGAACUGAAGCAGUAUUAACUUGUAAAGCAACAACUUCUCAUCUCCUUAUAUCUCUGCUCUACAACAUUUUGCUAAUUGUCGCCUGCACUGUGUAUGCCUUCAAAACACGGAAAAUACCGGAAAAUUUCAAUGAAACACGACAUAUUGGAUUUACAAUGUAUUCCACGUGUAUUCUUUGGCUUGCAUUCGGUCCGAUUUAUUUUGCGACACAGAGUGAUUUCAGGAUUCAAAUAACAUCAUUGUGCAUGUGCAUAUCACUUUCUGGAACAGUUGCACUUAUUUGCUUUUUUGCUCCAAAGGUCUACAUAGUUCUCUUCCAACCAUACAAAAAUGUGAGGACCCGUCAAUCAGCUGUUGGACGACUCGUAAAUCAACAAAUGAGGUUUAUGAGCCAAUUGACCUACAACCCCGAUGGAUGCAACUCAUAUCAACCGAUGUCUUCCAACCAAUCCUAUAAACCUAGUAUUUCAGCAGAGGAGAGUUCUCACACGAGCAACGCUCAGGUACAACAGCCAACUCGAGCGAUCCCUCCGCAUGUAAUUGAACAAUUGGCAGCGAGUCUACCGAUUAGUGAUAAAAAUGAUUUGGUGAAAAAGUUGUCACUCCAAGACAAAUUCUUCAACAAUAACAAUAAUAACGAGAACAGUGAAGAGAUUCGUCGUCGUCGUCCGAGCAGUGUUCAUACAGUCGGAGCAGUUACAAAUGGCUCAUCAGUUGCUCAUAUUCCACCAAGAAGCUACACAGAUGAACCAAAAUCAUCAAUGAUUCGGCAGGACACUGCAAAGAGUAGAACAAGUCUUGCAGAAUCUCAUCAAGUUGACCUUAUUCUGGAAGAAAUUGCAGCCGACACUAAUUCCACUUUUCUUUGAUCUCUUUUCUAUUUAUCUCAAUAAUUUCCAACGGGUUUUCUCUCGAUUCCGUGAAUCUUCUCUUUUUCCUCAUUUUAUGUGCCUUUAGGAUCUCUUGCUCCAACAUGGAUUUCAAAUGUUUUUCGGUGAUUUUUUCUUGUAUAAAAACUUUUU